ACUCCCCGGAGCGUUAGAUUUAUGUCCCAGGCACUCCCUUGUGCUGGAACGGGAUUAGCAAAGCUCUUAACUGGAUACUCUCCGACUGUCCUGAGGAGAACGGCUCUGUGUUUGUCUUUGGUUGGUGACAGUCAAGGAACAUGUGGUUCUGCACUGGCCAAUGCUAGCUAGCGUGGGAUAUCAGCAGCACUCGCAGACUAACAGCAGUGUUGGCACGGCAGAGGGAUCUCUGCCACCCCUGCAGGAAGCCUAAACAGAACAACACAGAGAUAAAAAAAGAAAGAAAAAAGAGAGAAAGAGAGAGAUUUAAAAGCGAGAGAUGAGGAGAACAGGAUGCAGAGGAGGAGGGAUUUUGAAAAGACAACAGAGGUAAAAACAAACACAUGCAAAGACUACUCUUUGACCCAAUUCACAAAAUGUAGAGCAGCAUCAAGAGGAACACUGCCUGCUUGACCCUGACAGUUUGCAACAACAGCAGAGGACUUGUGUUUUCAAGGAUAGUGAAGGUUCAGGAACAAUGUGAGAAGCCCUCCUGUGGCCAAGAAGAUGACAAAUUAAACAUUAUUCAGCAAGAAGAGACCAGAGUCCUCAAAGGAUCUGGGGAUGCUGUCUACCGCUCAGCAGAUGCUGCAGGACAGCCGCUCCAAGAUCGAGCUGAUCCGAAUGCAGAUUAUCAAAGUCACCCAGACCAGUGGUGGGGAUGGGGGCGUCAGCCAUGGCAGCAUCAAUCAUGGAGCUGAGUUAAAAUACUAUGUCCAGAGGGAAACAGAGGUGGUGAAGAUGGCCAGGGAUGUGGUGAAGCAGCUCGAGGGGCUUCCAUCCCAGGACCAACUGGCCCUCGCUGAGGCUCGGUCCAGAGUGCAAGAGUCAUCUCAGAAGCUCGAUCUUCUGUGUCUUUCUCUGGAACACCGCCUCGGGGAGUCAUUUCAGGAGGCUGUUCAGGAGGCUGUCACCAAAGAUGGGCUCCCUACAGCAUCUCCUCCCUCUGAGGAACAACAGCAAAAUUGUUUACUCUGCUCCCUACCAUCAUCCACUUCCUCAUCCUUACUCAAGCCGGCCGCCCUAACGGGCACGCUUGUGGUCAGGCUUCUGGGAUGUGAGGACUUGUUGAAAUCCCCGCCAGGUCUAGGUCAAAUAACCAGUGCAUUAUCAGCUUCGAACAGCCCACCAGAUCCUAAUGUCUUCAGCCAUCCUGUUCACACAGAAGACUGCCCAUUGGAGAUAAGUGCGGUAUUGAAACUGGAUAACAGAGUUGUGGGUCGCACCAACUGGAGACCUGUCAGUAAGCAGGCAUGGUGCCAAAGUUUCAGCAUCCAACUAGAACGGUCACGGGAGCUGGAGAUCGCGGUCUUCCAGCAGGACUGGAGGGUUAUGUGUGCAGUCAAGUACCUGCGUCUGGAUGAGUUCCUAGACAACCAACAACAUGCAUUUUGUUUGAGCCUGGAGCCCCAGGGUACACUGUUUACUGAGAUUACGUUUGUCAAUCCUGUGAUUGAGCACCAACCCAGACUGAGGCGUCAAAGAUGCAUCUUCUCAAAAGAGAAAGGGAAGAACUUCCUUCGUGCCGCCCAGAUGAACAUGAACUUUGCCACAUGGGGCCAUUUAAUGAUGAGUAUCCUGCCUCAGUGCAGCUCCUUCACCACUUUGAGUCCUUCUACUUCCUCUGAUACGGUGGUCCACCCCCCACCUUUUACCCAGAAGGCCACUCCAGCAACCCCGCUACUGCCGGGGGACGGACCAAUGAUUAGGUUUAAUGUAUGUGAUGAGGGUUCAUCUAAACCAUUCAGCACUGACCAGACAAGAAUCAUCCCAAAAGCACCGAAAACACCACCUAACCCUACGACAGAAAAUUUAUCAGAAGAAAAUGACACUAAAGAGAAAAAAAGGCUGCAGAUGGAAGAUUUCAAAUGUAUCUCUGUCCUGGGCAGAGGACACUUUGGAAAGGUACUUCUAGCUGAGUUUAAGAAGACAGGAAAACUAUAUGCCGUUAAAGCCUUAAAGAAGAGGGAUAUUGUAACCCGUGAUGAAAUGGACAGCCUUAUGUGUGAGAGGAGGAUCUUUGAGAUGAUCAAUGCAUCAAGGCACCCUUUCCUGGUUAACUUGUACGGCUGCUUCCAGACCAUUGAGCAUGUGUGUUUUGUCAUGGAGUACUCACCAGGAGGUGACCUAAUGAUCCACAUCCAUAAUAACGUCUUCUCCGAGGUGCAGACCAAGUUCUAUUCAGCCUGUGUUUUACUGGGGCUCGAGUUUCUGCAUCAGAAGAAUAUAGUUUAUCGAGAUUUGAAGUUAGACAACUUGCUGAUGGAUGCAGAUGGAUUUGUUAAAAUAACUGACUUUGGACUUUGUAAAGAAGGGAUGGGCUAUGGAGACCGGACAUCAACUUUCUGUGGAACCCCAGAAUUCCUGGCACCUGAGGUUCUUACUGAUGAUAACUACACACGAGCUGUGGACUGGUGGGGCAUGGGCGUCCUUAUAUUUGAGAUGCUGGUGGGAGAGUCUCCAUUCCCAGGAGAAGAUGAAGAGGAGGUGUUUGACAGUAUAGUUAAUAAUGAUGUUCAAUACCCCGGAGGCCUCACUCCAGACUCCAUGUCCAUCAUUCAAAAGCUUCUUAAGAGGAAUCCAGAAAAAAGGCUUGGAGCUGGAGAGGGGGAUGCAAAUGAAGUAAAGGAAGAGGAAUUCUUCAAGACUAUGGACUGGGAUGCACUGCUCGCAAAAAAAAUAAAACCUCCAUUCCUGCCAAAAAUAAGAGAGUCUGUGGAUGUCAGUAACUUUGACAGCGAGUUCACGAGUCUCCAGCCAAUCCUGUCACCUCCACCCGUUUCCUGUAGCCUCUCUCCGGAGCAGCAGGAAGCCUUCGCAGACUUUGACUUCACAGCCUUGCAUGGAUGAACCAGGUUUCUGUCAGUGACCAGGUUCCUGUCAGUGACCAGGUUCCUGUCAGUGACCAGGUUCCUGUCAGUGACCAGGUUUCUGUCAGUGACCAGGUUCCUGUCAGUGACCAGGUUUCUGUCAGUGACCAGGUUCCUGUCAGUGACCAGGUUUCUGUCAGUGACCAGGUUCCUGUCAGUGACCAGGUUCCUGUCAGUGACCAGGUUCCUAUCAGUGACCAGAUUUCUGUCAGUGACCAGGUUCCUGUCAGUGACCAGGUUUCUGUCAGUGACCAGGUUCCUAUCAGUGACCAGAUUUCUGUCAGUUACCAGGUUCCUGUCAGUGACCAGGUUCCUGUCAGUGACCAGGUUCCUAUCAGUGACCAGAUUUCUGUCAGUUACCAGGUUUCUGACAGUGACCAGGGUCGCAUUAAGGUAAUGAAACAGUUGCAUGAACAUUUUCGUCGCACAACCUUUUCUUAACUGACAACACCUGAAUGUGGACCACCCCAGCAGUACAUGUAGAUGAGGCAGGCUGACCUCACUAUCACCAAAAGCCAACAAACCUAACCUAUCAUCAACAAACCUAACCCAGCAGGACAGAGAAUCUCCGCAGGUGGAAAGGACAUUGAAUGCAACCCUAGUGUUUCUGUGCCAUGAAUGUGUGUGAUGGCUGGUUCUGUGGCUGUUUCAUUGUUUAAAGUUCCAGUUGUAUCCAAAAAAUAAACUGUGCAAUGCUCUCUUGA